AGUUUGCAGGCCACGUCCAUUUUGAACCAUGCAAAGAGCAUCGACGGUGUUGGCUGAUGCAGCUGCUCAUGCUGACCUUUGGUCGUCGCUUGCGCAGUUGCCAGGUUGUAUUGCCUGCGAAAGAGUACAAGAAGGAUCCGCUUUCUUCUUUGCUGACGACAGGCUUGAACAGGUUGCUACCAGCGCAUGCCGAUGACCACUGCUACCCUUUGUAGGAAGUAAGUAGUCGCUACCUCAGCGCAGUAGGAACUACGAAUAGUUAUCGAUCUGGUCUGACGGCCGAAUCGUCAAACGCAACAUCAUCGCUUUGAGUAGAUCUAGCUAGGCUAGCUAGCAGUAGGCUCAAAAAAACUUGGCACGAAAGGGUAGCCUCUCCAAGUGCUCAUUGUUCAAUCAUUGCAACCAAACAUCAGGUCGCAUCCAUCUUUCAUUAAUCCAAUUUUCAGUAUCUGCAAUUAAUUAGUCAAGAUGGGCAAAGGAGGAGAAGCACCUUUCAUUAACAAGAAGGCCAGUGAAGCUGCCGAUGCUGCUGCCACCACCAAGAAAGCUUUCACUUUGGAAGAAGUGAGCAAGCAUCGCUUCCCCCAUGAUGCUUGGGUGAUCGACAAUGACAAAGUCUAUGAUGUGUCGGAUUGGUACGAGCAUCCCGGUGGUGCCGUCAUCUUCACACAUGCAGGAGAUGACAUGACGGAUAUCUUUGCGGCAUUUCAUGCUGCAGGGUCUCGAAACAUGAUGAAGAAGUUCUACAUUGGCGAUCUUAUCAAGGAGAGCACGAACAAGGAUAAACGACAGCUUGACUUUGAACGGGGAUACCGUGACCUGAGAGCCAAGUUGAUGGUCUUGGGCAUGUUCCGCUCCAGCAAAGCCUUUUACGUGUACAAGUACCUCACCAACAUUGGUAUCUGGGCCCUGGCCAACUACUUGGUUGCCACCUCCGAUAGCCCUGUUGUUCACUUGAUCUCGGCAUCCUUGAUUGCUCUCUUUAUGCAACAGAGUGGAUGGCUGGCCCAUGACCACUUGCAUCACCAAGUGUUCAAGAACCGUCAUUAUGGUGACUACGGAGGUCUCUUGUGGGGAGGAGUCGCUCAAGGAUACUCCAUACAGUGGUGGAAGAACAAACACAAUGGACACCACGCCGUGACCAAUCUUCACAGCUCUUCGGCGGCUGCUCAAGAUGGUGAUCCCGACAUUGAUACCAUGCCUGUCUUGGCAUGGUCUUUGAAGCAAGCUCAAUCUUAUCGGGAGUUGUCCGCGGAUGGAUCCGACUCGGCCAUCACCAAGUUCUUCAUUGGACACCAAGCUAUCUUGUAUGCGCCCAUUCUCUUGCUGGCUCGCUUGUCUUGGAUGCGCGAAUCCUUCAAGGUCGCCUUUGGUCUUGGAGCUGCGACCGAGAAUGCUGCGGAGGAGAUGAAGCGAAAGGGACUCCAAUUCCCCAUUGGGGAGAAGGUAGCUCUCUUGCUUCACUACACCUGGAUGAUCGCACUCAGUACUGGAUUCGGACGCUUCUCGAUCUUGCACUCCCUGGCCUACUUCCUCUUUGGAACCUGCGCCUGUGGUUUCCUCUUGGGUGUCGUCUUUGGAUUGGGACACAACGGCAUGGCCACCUAUGACGCCGAUGCCCGUCCUGACUUCUGGAAGCUUCAAGUGACCACCACUCGUAAUAUCAUUGGUGGACAUGGCAUUCCUCAGUUCAUGGUGGACUGGUUGUGUGGUGGUCUGCAAUAUCAAGUUGAACACCACUUGUUCCCCACCAUUCCUCGACACAACUUGCCGAAGACACAUGAAUUUGUGCAUUCCUUCUGCAAGGAAUGGGGAGUGACCUACCACGCGACUGACUUGUUUGAUGGAACCGUAGAGGUCAUCAAGCACUUGCAAAACGUCUCGGACCAAUUCGUUGUCGACUUUGUGAUGGAUGGACCUACUAUGUAAAUACGCAAGAAGACACAUCGCUAUUAGGCUUACAACACGAGGCAAAGCAAGCAUGAAGCAAACAAGUAAAUGAUAGAGUCCAUAUUAUUUUGU